GUAGUUUGUUAUUAGCCUACGAUGCUAGUUAGCUCCGCAGCUAACGAAACAAACUAAACUCGUGUGUUAUUUUGUUCUGUCUCCCUCCGCCACUUAUAAUUUUUUAUGUUUAUCAGUAAAGGUGCUGGAAUAACAUCGCGGUCGCUUUUUCCAAAUGCGAAGUCCGGUUUAUCAUCCUGGCUGUCUUGAGAUGAAGAUAAUGUUAGCUUAGCUGCCGUGUUUGCUAACCAAGGGAGCGAUGGACCACCCCCGAUCCCACAAUCCCAACGCCAGCCACCAGUCGGCGUACAAAAGGGAAAGAGGCGAUGGUUGGAGAAAUCACAACGAGAAUAAACACUUAAAGCCGAACCAUCACCAGCAGCGUCAGUCCGGAUCAGCUCCAGAGCCGAACCCGCACGGCUCUCAGAGUCUGAGCACCAGAAAGGAGCUUUAUGAAAGAGACUUUCCUGUUUACAAACAGCCUGUCGAAGUAGGAAGUUUUUCCCUCGAUGGUGAGCGCAGGUUCUUCAACGACGCCAGGCAGAUGAGAUACUACGAGGAACCUGAGAGAAGUCCCAACUUCGACCUGAGGGAUGGAUACAAGGACCGCUUUAUAAAAAGGGACGACAGUGUGAAGGAGAAGCUGGACCACAUCCUGCGCUGGAUCAUAGCCAAUAGAACAAAGUGUAGCCCAAGUGCGACCACGGCCUCAUCACGUGCUUUAGAUGCCGACAUUGUGACAUGGCGGGGUCACCUGACCAAGCUGCUGACCACUCCCUAUGAGACGCGGGAGGGCUGGCUGCUGGCGGCCACCAUGUUUAAAGGAACGCUUUACAUCAGUGAAGUGGAAACAGAGGCUUAUAGGAGGGACCGAGAGAACCGCACUGCGAGGCAUGAAGAGAUGAUGUACUGGGGCUACAAGUUUGAGCAAUACACAUGUGCAGAUACCGUCCACAGUUUACCUGACCCGAGUGGUGUGGUGAACACGAAUGAGGCCUUUUGCACUGUGGUGCAGACUCGGCUCGCGGAUCACAGACUUCUGUUCUCGGGAGAGGUGGACUGUCGGGAUAAAGACCCCAACGCUCCAGCUGCUCCUGCCUGCUACGUCGAGCUGAAGACCUCAGCAGAGAUUUGCACCCCUAAACAGCGCAGCAACUUCCACAGGUUCAAACUGCUGAAGUGGUGGGCGCAGUCGUUCCUCCCUGGGGUCCCUCGCGUUAUAGCAGGCUUUCGGGACCAUGAAGGAGUGGUGGUUUCUCUGGAGACGUUUCACAUCUCCAAGAUAUCACAUCUCAUCAAGAAUGAAUUUAACUGCUGGAAGCCGACAGUCUGUAUGAACUUCUGCUGUGAUUUCUUGUCUUUUGCGAAGCAUGUGGUUACUGAAGACAACCCGAGUGUGGUGUACCUGUUCUCCUGGGAUCCCCACAGAGAUGUGACCUACUCCAUCCACAGGGACUCCCCGUAUUCAUUCCUGCCCCGCUGGUAUAUCGAGGAGAUGACCAGCAGUCGAGACCCACAUCAGUCCUGAUUUACAAUAUCUGGUUAAACAGAAUUCUUGAUAUAUCAGUAGUGGCCUCCAAUGGAGGGAUUUUUUAAAACCAAUAUACAUUGGCAUUUUAUGCAUGGACAACUUAAAUUGUGCAGCUUGCAGAGAUCAUGAUCAUUUGGAGGGAAUUUUUUUGUUAUCAUGUAUUUGUGUGUCAUACUGAAGGGUAUUUUUUUCCGUGUGUGUGCGUGUGUGUCUGUGCGUGCAAACAGGCUACAUCCAUUCUGUUUUCGUUUUAAAACCACCGUCCAUAGGAACAUACCUUAAAAGGCAUUAUCAUGUGAUCAUUCAUGUACACUGAGCAUGUGCGUGUCAGUGUAAACAGGAGGCAGAAUAUUUACUCUGCUCUGCUUCAGCAUCAGAAUCAGAAUUAUUUUUAUUGCCAUGUAUAUUUGCACAUACAGGAAAUUGCCUUGGUGCUUAUGGCAAACAGUAAAAACAAGGAACAAACAUGGUGAAAUGAUAGAGCAGGAUUUCUUUUCUUGGACUGAUGUGGUGAAACUGUUGAUGACACUAAGUGUUUACAAAGUUUUGCCCUCACAGCUGGUAGAGUAGUGACCGAUAAGAACCAGAUGGCAAAUGCACGUGACUGCAUCUCCAUCUCCAAUUGAGACGGUUUGGCCGUGUAUACGUUUUCAAACUCAAAUGGGGAAAACAGCAAUUCCAACAUUUCCACUACUUAAAGGUAGUAGUGUGGAUGAGCCUCACUUUUGGUUCUGAUCUGUCGGGGAGAUGGUGGAAGACACACUCACACGUGCAAAGUGAAUGUGUUUCUACAGAGUUUACUCCUAAUAUAUUUCCUGCCUGUCGAGAACAGUUUUCAUUCAUCAUUUGAAAGAGAGCUGUGGUUUUUUUCAUGUAAAAAAACAAUCACAGUGUAGUGUUAACAGUUUCACAAACUUUAUUAUUCCCUGGUUAUCACAAUCAUUUUAAAUUCCCAAAACAGUUAGUGGGUUGAAUUAACAAAAUUAGAAAAUGUUUUUAGAAAAUUUGUUGAAAAUAAAUGAAAGUGCAACAGCAGUUACAAAUAUUUUUCUGUAAACUGUUAAGACAAAUCACAACAUGUUCAGAUGAGUCACUGCCUUCUCUGUGUUUUUUUUUUAACUAACUGACAUUCCCCAGAUUUGAGCGCUUUCUCAUCUUUUAAAUAAAGCUUAUUUCAUUCUCCUGUAAUCAUUUAACUUUCAGUUUUCUGUUUUUCACACCAAUUACACACAUAAUUCAACAUUUUACUUGAUUUCUGAGAAAAUAAUUCAUGUAUUUUAAUGGAAAAAAACAUGUGCAGGAGACUGAUAUUUAUGAGCGUGUGCAAUUUGGUGCAAAAUCAAAUAAAAAUCCAGAAUCUA